AUGAACUGCGGUCACAUAAAGGAAGCCUUAACAGAGAUGGGUAAACAAGGCCUUGAGGUGAAGUUAAGAGACUGCAAGGAACUUCUGAACCAAUGUGUGAGCCAAAGGGCCUUGAAAGAAGGCCAAAGGGUCCAUGCCCACAUGAUCAAAACCCAUUAUGAACCACCCAUGUAUCUCAGGACGAACUUGAUGGGGCUGUAUGUGAAGUGUGAGUGUUUGAGUGAUGCGAGGCGUGUGUUCGAUGAAAUGCCAGAAAGGGAUGUUGUUUCAUGGACUGCGCUGAUCUCUGGGUAUGCUCAAAGAGGGUAUGCCUCUGAAGCGCUCGAUCUUUCUGUACAGAUGUUAAGAUCAGGUGCUGAGCCAAAUGAGUUCACUUUCUUCACAGUAAUUGCAUCUUGUACCGGUGCUUUUGGCUUUGUCCACGGGAGGCAAAUUCAUUCUCUUCUAAUUAAGCACCCUUUUGAAUCCCAUGUAUUUGUUGGAAGUUCACUUUUGGAGUAUGCAAAAGCUGGUAAAAUCCAGGAAGCUCGAGAUAUUUUUGAGAGCUUGCCAGUAAAGGAUAUAGUUUCUUGUACUGCGAUUACAUCAGGUUAUGCCCAACAAGGUCUUGAUGCAGAGACCUUAGACCUGUUUAGAAGAUUGCAGAUGGAAGGAAUGAGAUUUGAUUAUGUAACUUAUGCUAGCCUGUUAACUGCAUUAUCUAGGCUUGCUGCAAUUGAACAUGGGAGACAAGUUCACAGCCAUGCUCUUCGGUUGCAACUACCAUUUGACAUAGUGCUUCAGAAUACUUUGAUUGAUAUGUACUCAAAAUGUGGAAAUCUUGCUUACUCAAGGAGGAUCUUUGAUGACAUGAGUGAAAGAACUAUCAUCUCUUGGAAUGCUAUGCUUGUGGGCUAUGGCAGACAUGGAUUGUGGAAAGAGGUGGUUGAACUUUAUGAAUUGCUGAAAGCAGAAAGCACAAUUAGACCCAAAAAUGUAACCUUUUUGGUUGUAUUAUCUGGUUGCAGCCAUUGGGGGAUGGAGCAUAGAGGGUUGGAGAUUUUUUAUGAGAUCCUGAGUGAAACUGAUGGAGUUGAACUUGGAAUUGAGCACUAUGCUUGUGUUGUUGAUUUGCUAGGGCAUUCUGGACAAUUAGAAAGGGCCUUGCAGUUCAUCAAGCAGAUGCCUUUUGAACCAAAUGCUGCCAUAUGGGGAUCACUUUUAGUUGCUUGCAGGUUUCACCAAAAUGCCAAGAUUGGCGAGAUGGCAGGCAAUCAGCUUCUGGAGAUUGAGCCUGAAAGUGCGGGGAACUAUGUUAUUUUUGCUAAUUUGUAUGCAUCUGCAGGAAGGUGGGAAGAGGUAAGAAGAGUAAGGGAGUUGAUGCAGCAAAAAGCGAUGGGAAAUGUGCCAGCAAAAAGCUGGAUUGAGGUCAAGCGAACCCUCCAUACCUUUCAUGCUAGUGAUAGAUCACAUCCAAGAAUUGAAGAGAUAUUAGGAAAGGUAAGAGAAUUGUCAGCCAGGAUCAAGGGAGCUGGAUAUGUUCCCGAUAAGGGCUGUGUUUUACAUGAUGUUGAUGAUGAGCAGAGAGAGAAGUUGCUGCUUGGUCACAGUGAAAAACUAGCUUUGGCAUUCGGUAUAAUUGCUAUUCCUCAAGGAAAGCCUAUUCGGGUUAUAAAAAAUCUACGGAUUUGUGUUGAUUGUCAUAACUUUGCCAAGUUUGUUUCCCAGGUUUUUCAAAGAGAAGUAUCUCUGGGGGACAAAGGACGAUAUCAUAAUAUUGUUGAUGGAAAGUGUUCAUGUGGAGACUACUGGUGAAUGGUGUAAGAUAAUCAUACAAAAGGUGGAUUUUAUACCAUUUUGUUUCUAGAGUAUAUGCUUGGAUAAUGUAGGGACCCUGUGAAAUGGUAACAGUUAUGUGGGAACCUGGGUAAGUACAGAUUUUGU